UGAGCGUGUUGUUGGGUGGCUCCUGCGCCAGUCGCUCCACUGGUUCAUUUGUCGACUUCGUUGACUUUUUGCGAUAUAUAAGAGCCGAACGGCGCGUUCAGUUUUACGGUAGCAGCGUGACUGAUUCACGGCGGAACAAAGUCGCUCAAAUGACCUGCGCCAGCGACAAACCCUCCAGAGGAACUGUUAGCUGUUACUAGGCUCGGGAGUGUAAGUGUUCACGGGGUGACUGAGCUGGGUAGUCGGCCUGGUCCGGUUUGUGUCGGAGCACUGGAGAGAGGAGCGACUACUGAAAACGCGCAACCGCAGGCCGAAUACGCCGCAUUUCACCAAAGUUGAAGGGCGAGAUUAUAAUCGUUUCGCUUAAGAAAGGGGGGGAAAAAAGAGAAAAAGACGAGUGUACACUGUGCAGGUUUAUCCAGCCUGGUUGCCUGGAAUAUGGCUCACCAUGGACAACAUCAUGUUGCGAGUUCACAAAAGGCUUUGAUGUUGGAGAUGAAAGGUCUACAAGAUGAACCCGUCGAAGGGUUCAGAAUAACUUUAGUGGAUGAGUCAGACCUGUACAACUGGGAAGUGGCGAUUUUUGGACCCCCUAAUACCCAUUACGAGGGCGGUUAUUUUAAGGCUCGUAUCAAAUUCCCUAUUGAUUACCCUUACUCUCCUCCAACCUUCAGGUUCCUCACCAAGAUGUGGCACCCCAAUAUCUACGAGAAUGGCGAUGUGUGUAUUUCUAUCCUGCACCCCCCAGUAGAUGACCCCCAGAGUGGAGAGCUGCCGUCUGAGAGGUGGAACCCCACACAAAAUGUCAGGACCAUCCUGCUCAGUGUGAUCUCUCUGCUGAAUGAGCCCAACACGUUCUCCCCGGCCAACGUGGACGCCUCCGUCAUGUACCGCAAGUGGAGGGACAGUAAGGGCAGGGACCGCCAGUACGCCGACAUCAUCAGGAAACAAGUUCUAGCCACCAAAGCUGAUGCCGAGCGUGAUGGGGUGAAGGUGCCCACCACUCUAGCCGAGUACUGCAUCCGCACCCGUGCCACGCCCCCUGACGAGGGCUCCACCCUCUUCUACGAAUACUAUGACGACGACGAAUUGGAAGGGGAGGACGAUGAGGCGGAGGACUGCUGCUAUGACGAUGAUGACUCUGGGGCCGAGGACUCGUGACCCUGGCGCACGACCAAACUGAACUAAAGAACGCUGCUUCCUCCCUCGCUUUUAAACCCGUUCGGAUAAACAAAGCACAACUCGGUUUGUUUGGAUUUUUUUUUUCCCCCCUAGUACUUUUACCCUAACAUUUUUGUCUUAUUUUGUGACACAAGAUCAUUACUCGUCAGUCACCGUGCUUGGCGAGCUUGUGUUUUAGUUUUGUUGACUCAUGGUUUUGGGUUUUGGGUUAAAGGUCACUGUCGAACCAUUCUUGUGCACCUGUCAUUGAGACAUCACCUCUGUGCGUUGUCUCCGUUCAAGCACAACGUUUUAUUGUCACUCUUCGCCAAUGAAAAGCUGCUCAGUCAGAUUUACAUCUCGUGACCUAAAGAGUGCAGGUCUGUAGAACGUAACUUGGCCUCAUGCGGAGUGUUUUUAUAGCUGGCUUUCCAAUCGCAUGUACGCGCUCCUCAGCAACGUCAGUGGCGCUGCCUCGGACGUCUUGGACGUCUGACGCAGUAGCAUAGACUCAGGGCUUCUCUUUCUAAUAACAAAAUAAAUAUCAGCUUGGCAUAUGUGUGGACGCUGCUGUGUCUGUAUGUAUUUGAGUGAAUGCGAGGAAGUACACUGUAAAUCCCCGAAGAAGGCUUUUUCAACCUGAAGUGCCGAACCUGUGAACUUGCUCAACAGCUAAAAGCCAGGGGAAUCUUAGAAGUACGUUGCAAACCUGCUUAGCUUUUGAGCUGAAAUUAUUGAAGGGAAUCAGAUGUCCUGAUUCACUUAAGUUCAGUCAGUACCUUUUCAGAUCAGUUGCUUGGGCUCAUGGCCUGGUUUUACUCUGGGUUUCAGUAGUUAGUAAACCCUACAUAGUUGCAUCAGGCACUUAAAAACCCUAUAGCAUUCUUUACUGGGACUGACUGGGGCUUUAUUUACACAACACAUUGUUUAUGAUCUUUAUGGUUUUAAUGGUUUUGCUUGCUGAACAAGUUUAUUUUAAAGUCAAACUAAAACACACACCACCCCCAUCACUUUAGUACGAGCUUGAUAUUUGGAAGCCAAAGAUCCAAUAAAAACCUGUAAAAGCCAGAAUAAUCAGACGUCAGGCCAUCAUGCUGUUAACAGAUCCUAACACUGUAUGGCUCUCAUGCAAACAAAAUGCUCCAAGUCCUAAAUUUAGCCUGUCGUCAGUCGUAGCUGCAACCACUACCGUGCAACAGGAAGCAGCCUGCGGACGGGAGGACGAUCACUCGCUCUGCGCCUGUGUAGCCGUCUCUAUAAGCCGCCCUGUAUGCAACGUGUCCAGGCAUUUCUACACACUAUGAUGGUUGGUUGUUUUUGUUUUUUUUUUCCCCGGGGGGAGAAUAGCAUUCACUUUUCUUCUGUUUUGAGAACGUGUUCAUACACACGGAUUGUUGUUACCAUGAACUUUGUACCUUUUUUUAUUUCUUCUUUUUUUCCUUAUGUAAAUCUAUUUAAAAUCUGAAUAAAGAUCUUUAUUGCAGUUGGUUAGCAUUA